UCAACCAGGAAAAACUUUCAGAAUAUUGUUUUUGUACGUUUUUACUUCCCUGUUGCAACAUUUUUCUGUUCGUACUGAGGCUUUCUUUGUUGUCGAUUAUUGAACAAAAAACCAAAAUGAAAUUUGCGUCAGUAGUUGCCGUGUUGAUAUUUGUAGUUACAGGUACAUUGUCUGAUGAUUGUCCUGACGAUUAUAAGUUUAAAUAUUGUCCACGGUUAGACGACUCACCAUCAGCUACCGUGUGCUGUCGUAUAAAUGACCAAGAUUCUUGCUGUACACAAUCAUUCAAGAUAUGGCUAAUUAUCGUGGUGUCUGUGAGCAUUGUUGGUUUCCUGGUGUUCGUCGGUCUCAUUUGUUGCUGCUGUAUAACUGGCUGUUACUUCUUUGAGCAACGCAAGCGGAAAGAUUAUAUAUGGGUCCGCUCCGAUCCAUAUGGUAAAAAUCUGAGCUACCAACAAACAUAAUUUGUAAAGGAAGAUUGCAAUACUGCUUUUCCUCUGUCCAUUGUUUUUGUUACAUAUUAAAAACUUAAUUUGCUAAUAAAAACCAUAAGGAUAUUAAUUAUUCUUUUAAAGUACGGUUCUUUUAUAGAACUAUUAAUCUGCCUUAUUAAACUUGCAAAUUGUAUUAAUUUGACAGCAGGUAUAGAAGUUCUAUGUUGAACCUUUUUUUGGCAAAAUUAGUGCAUAAUAAAUAUAUUUUUAUUUAUUUUUAUUUUCUUUAAUUUUAUACGUAUUGAGAUAGACAUUUUAAAAGAAAACGAAAUAUUGGUGCAUGGCAACGUAAAGGAAUAGCCCUUGCUUUAAGUAAUUUCAAGAAUGCAAGACAUCUUCUUAAGGAAAUCGUUCAGCUGUCUGAAAGGGUAAAUGUGACUCGAAUAUCCCUGCAAAAUAGGGACGCGUCCCGACCCACCAUACCAAUAAGGAUGUUUAAUUUUUCAAAUACUGUAUAAUUAAUUUAAACUAUAUUGUCUUAUUAUAAAGCGAUGUGCUUUGAUAAUCGCAAAUUGAACGUUGUUGAAUUACCGGUAGUAUACCGGUACGUUAGUUCAUAAAUGAUAUGUUAAAAAAGGUAGUAUUUAAUAAAUAAUUUAAACGUUUGUCGAAUAUAUUAGAUUGUUCGCCAAUAUAAACAAAAGUGUUUCAUAAGGAACAAAAGAAAAUUGGUAUUUGUUGUACAAAAUAUUAUUUAAUAAAAUGAAAUUCUUUAUACAUCUGAAA